CCAGAGCGCCAGGACGCCGCUAGCGCCGGGCAGAGGUUGGCGGCGGGCAGUCAUGGAUUCCCAGUCCCUGGACGGGUGUAUCCAAAGUACGCUGUCGGUGCUCUACCCCCCUUUCAAGAUCACAGCAGCCACUGUUCUGUGUCAGGUUUUUGACGUGGUGGAGAAGACAUACUGUGGGGAUGGCCUGCGCUACCUCAUCGACUUCCUGAUUCCAGCCAAGCACAUCUUGCAAUGUGUCCAGCAGGAUGCCUGUGUCCAGUAUUGUGGUUUGCUGUUCCGGCACGAGGGCUGGCCCCUCUGCAUCCAUGAGAAGAUUGUAGUCCAGCUUGCCUCCCUGGACUGGCGGAUCCUGAGGCCUGGAGACUUCUACCUGCAGGUGGUCCCUUACUUGAAAAAGUCCCCACAAGUCAUUGUGAAAUGCUUGGCCAAGGACAAACAUAAUGUGGAGGAGCUUGUGGUGCCUGAAGUUUCCUAUACCUCCAUCUUCACUGCGGAAUGGCUGAGCUGCAUCAACAAGGAGAGGGUGGGAACAGCACUGGAGAACUGCUUGCUAGCCUCAGACGAUAACAUAUUCCGGGUGCCGUGGGAAAAAAUAGUCAACCCAGAGUUUAUCAGUAAGCCCCAAACUAUGGAAAAAAAUGCAAGUUCUGCUCCUGUGCCUCAAUGGUCUUCUUCUCUGGCUUUUGCAGUGGAGCAGCGCCAGAGCAGCCCCCCUGAGGUGGGACCCCCAUUUUCCCGUGGGCCAGGAGACAAUGUGUUCAUGGCCAUAACAGAGGAAUCUGCGAGAGAAGCUGCCAGCAAAGAGUGUGCAAGCCCUGUGCUGGGGGAGGAUCCUGAGUGGGACCUGGAACGAGAAUAUGUGGAGCUGACAGAUGUCUCCCUGCCUACAUGCGGGCCCCCAAGGGGAUCCACGACUCAGUCAGUUGCUCCCGGUUAUUGCACUAAGCCCAGGAGGAGAGCAGAGAAGAGGCCAGUGGCCAGUCAGGACAGCAGCACUCGUUUGCAGAAUGGACUUUGUUUAGCACUGACAGCAGAGCCACAUAGGCAACGGGAGACUUCAGAUGGCCAGGCUAGUCGUGCUGGGAAUUGUUUGAAGAAGAAGAAUGAAACAGGAAGGGACAAAUUGCUACUAAAUGGAUCUGAAGAGCACCCAGGCUCUGUGUUUGCCAAUGUGGCCUCUGAAGCCUCCGGCAUCGAUGAGCCUUCCCACGCACAGUUGUUACAGGCACAUGUGGAGCAUGAGCUUGACUGGAGGUAUGCCAUGUGCAGUUACAAUGAUGGAGAGGAGGGUGCUGAACGGAAACCUCCAACAGCACCGGAAACAUCUGAAACAACAGCAAUAGCUCAGAGGAGCAGCUCAGAGUUAGAAAACAGCCACAGGGGCUCUGAGCACUGCUCUGGUGUGCUUGGUAUGGAGGCAGCGCAGGAACUAGGCAGCAGCAGCAUGAGGAGUGGCAAAGAGCUCCUUUCUGGGUCUCACAUGAGACAUUUGACAGUUUGUCAUAGCUGUGAGGAGACCUCUGGCAGCUCCAGACUGAGCCUGCAGGAAAAUGCUUUCCCCCCACCUACAACCACGUCAUUACUCCCAGAACCCUCCUCUGGUGUGAGGGUGGCACACAGUCCCAUCUCACAGAAACCAUCAGAUGGGGUUGCAGGGCACUGCUCUGAGCAGCUGGUGUUGCAUCCGCUCCCAGAGCAGAUGGAGAAGAUGGGCCCAAGGCAAGCAGACAAGUUAGCAGGAUUGGGCAGAGGACUCACUGGGGACGGAAUCCCCCCGUGGCUGGCCAGCCAAAGUCUCCCUGAUAACGAGAGACAGCCCAGCUCUAGGCACCCUUUCCCCCUGAAAGGGCAGGCAGCGGAAUACCUGCUUGAAGAGGCUGGGCAAGAGAAUGGGGGCCGUUGUCCACAGCCAGCAGAGGGUGCUUCUCUGCUCAGCACUUCUGGGACAAUGCAGAACAGCCCGGUAGCAAAGCAGAAGGGGGACAGCAGCAGCAGCCCUUCUGGGGAGGCAGAGGCACAGGCUGAGGGCACCUCCAGCCAUGGGAACAAGGAAGGGACAGCAGUAGCAGCAGCAGGCUGGAUGGGCCAGCCAAGAGAGCCAAAGACUCGGCUGUUGGGAGCCUCCCAGGAGCUGGAACGUUUGCCAGGGCAAAGUGUGGGGAGCAACCAAGCCUCUUCACCAAAAGAGGAGUCAGGCAUAUGGACCCUCCUGAAAACUGGAUUCCAGCCUGCCCCUCUUGAGCCUCCAGAGCAGUGUCAGCCCAACAGGCCGGAGAUGGAGGAUGCAGAUGCACCCUCAGCACCACUGACACUCAGCUUGCCAGGCAGCACAAGGCACGGCACGAGCGGGGACCCAAUCACAGAAACCUCAUUGAAAUGGGCAAAAAAAGUCAACGGAGGAGCUGGCAAAGUUGCUCUGGUGUCGGACUAUUGUGAUUGUAGCUGGGAAGAAGGCUUGGCAUCCACUGCGCUCCAAGAACCGUCCCCCUUUCCAUCUAGUGGAAGUCUGCGAACUGCCCCCACUUCUGUGAAGGAGGUGAAUUGGGAGGUGCUUAGGAGCGGAGUUGCCUGCUUGCCCGGCACCAGAGACAAAUAUGGGCGGGCCGUGAUCAUCGUCACAAUGAGGAACACCGCUUGGCUGAACCCACACUGCAAUGCCAGCGAGCUGACGCGCCUCCUCCUGUACCUGCGCAGCAUCCUCAGGCCCGAGUGCCAGGCUUUGGGCCUAACCAUUCUGAUAGAUGCCCGGCGAUGCUCUCCAGUCCCAGCUCUCUUCAAAGCUUUCGCCAUCCUACAGGACACUGUCCCUCACUGUAUCCAUGGAGCCCUACUACUCGUGGAGAAAGAUUUCACCUUCCGGAUGGAGAAAUUGCCUUCUGUGCAGUGUGAAGUUCUCACCUCCAUGAAGUCUCUCCACAAGCAUAUCGAGAACAUGCAGCUACCCCUGGAAUUUGACGGGUCUGUUCCCUAUUGCCAUCAGGACUGGCUGCGCUUUCGGAUGCGUCUGGAGCACUUGCUGCAGGGAUGCCGAGGUGCCUGCGUGUUCCUCGAGGGGGCCAUCCAAGCAGUGGAGUCCAGCAGAUGGCCAGACAAAGCGGAGGAGGCUGACACCUUGCUGAAGAAUGACAGGCAAUUAAUGAAGAUGGUUCUUGAGGAUGCGCGGCUGGUCAGGCUGCAACUGGAGGGCGGGGCACUCCUGGCCCGCCUGAGGAAGGAGGAGUCCUGUGUGACUCUGUCAGAGGGCGACAGAGACACCCUGGAGGCAGCCGGCGCCCUCUACAACCGUGUGGAUGAGGGCAUCCACCAGCUGGUCUUGGUUUCCAACAAGCGCAUCCAGGCCCUGGAGCUGGUGAUGGAAUUUGAGGCCUUUGACAUUUGCUUUCGGGAGGUCGGUGGUUGGAUAGAGAAUGUUGGCCAAACGCGCCUCACGGAGCUGAGCGAGGCUGAUGAUGCCUUGGAGGCCGUUCUCCAAGCCCAGCACCAGCUCCAGGACUUUGAGCGUGUCGCCAGCGAAUAUUGCCAGAAGGGCUGGGAAGCUCUGAGGAAGGUGGAAAGUCAGUGGGAAGACUUUCCCUCUGUGGAGCCAUUGGAAGGCUGUGAAGUCAAGCUGCAGAGGUGCAGAAACCAGCUGCAAGGAUUCUGCCGCCAACUGGAAGCCAGCAGGAGCCGACUAGACCAGGCCGUCGAGCUUUAUGCGUUCUUGGACCAGGCGAGUGAGUGGGCCUUCGAGGGGAUGCACCACCUUGCCAGCAUCAGCAUGGAGGGCUGCAGCUCCCUGGAACAGUGUUCAGCAGCCAUCGUAUCCCUGGAGAGCUACUGCCAGCAGCACCCCAAAAUCAGCGAUGCCAAAUUCCAGGAGAUGAAAGAGCUGGCGUGUCGACUGAAGAGCAGCAAGGCCUUGGCUCGGUGGCAGUUUGCCUGGUCCAAGUGCCAGGAGACGAUGAUGGGCUUUGGAAUCAAGCUGGAGGCGGCCCUGGGGACCAGGAGGUCUUUGCGUCUGGACUGUGAGCCAUCGCUGGAGGGAGAGUCAGACUGGCCCGGCCAGGAGGGCAGGCUGCAUUUGGAGGGGGCUGCUCGGACCACAUGCUCUGGCCCGGCUCCCUUCCACAAGAGGCCCAUUUGCCCCCCUGGGUGGGCUGGGGAGAGAGUGGUGGGCUGUGCGGAGCAUGCUCGGACAGAGGAGCAGCCCGUGCUCCAGGCUGCUCCCAGGGGACGUGGAGGCACCCCUGAAGCGUCAGCGCUGCCGUGCUGUGUCCGUAGGGGGCAGGGGCCCCUAGGGAGCAUUGUGGAAGUCCUGGCAGCUGCGUCCUCCCGCCCUGAAACCCCCACUUCUCAGCAGCCAUCUCCCAAAAGGCCCUUGAGGAAGGCGCAGAGCUUUGACCUGCCCUGCGCAGAGAGCCUGCGCUCUGGCUGCCAGCGGACUCUGAGCGAGCCAUCCCACCACGGCAACACCGGGGUCUUCAUCAGAGGCUUGGAAGUCAGCAGCACUGAGCUUGGAGAGAGGACCUGCGGGGCCCAGCCUCAUCCCAUCUCAGCCAGGUGGGCUGCAGGUGGCAUCACGCCGGAGGAGAGGCCGAGCAGCGUCCCCCUGCUGGAGGCCAAAAGCUGGGGCAGCAAACUGCGGCACAUCAUUGAUGAGAUGGUGACGACUGAGCAAGAGUAUGUGCGGUCCUUGCGCUACGUCAUUGAGAGCUAUUUCCCUGAGAUGGAGCGGGUGGAUCUACCCCAAGACCUGAGGGGGAAGCGGAGCGUCAUUUUUGGGAACCUGGAGAAGCUCUAUGAUUUCCACAGCCAGUACUUCCUGCGGGAGUUGGAACACUGCUGCAACCAUCCACUGCGCGUCAGCCACUGUUUCCUGCGACACAAAGACCAGUUUGGGUUGUAUGCACUCUACAGCAAAAACAAGCCCAAGUCUGACUUGCUCCUGGCCGGUCACGGGAACGCUUUCUUCAGGUUCAAGCAGCUGCAGCUGGGAGACAAGAUGGACCUGGCAUCCUACCUCCUGAAGCCCAUCCAGCGCAUGAGCAAGUACGGCCUCCUCCUCAAAGACCUCACCAGGCAAUGCGGAGAGGCACAGGAGCAGGAGCUGUUCUACCUGCGAGCAGCCGAGGAGAUGGUGCGCUUCCAGCUGCGACAUGGCAACGACCUCCUGGCAAUGGAUGCCAUCCGGGACUGCGACGUGAACCUCAAGGAACAAGGGCAGCUGGUGCGCCAGGAUGAGUUCAGCGUGUCCGUGGGCCGCAGGAAGUGUCAGCGCCACGUCUUCCUCUUUGAGGACUUGAUCCUUUUCAGCAAGCCCAAGCGGAUUGAGCGGGGCCUGGAUGUCUACAUCUACAAGCGCUCCUUUAAGACAGCGGACAUCGGCCUGACAGAGACCUCUGGCGAGAGCGGCCUGCGCUUUGAGAUCUGGUUUAGGCGGCGGAAGUCAAGUGACACCUACGUCCUGCAGGCUGGCAGCACAGAGACCAAGCAGGCCUGGACAAGUGAUAUCACCAGGAUCCUGUGGGAGCAAGCUGCCCGCAACAAAGAAAUCCGCCUGCAGGAGAUGGUGUCCAUGGGUGUGGGGAACAAGCCUUUUCUGGACAUCAAGCCCAGUGAAGCCGCCAUCCACGACCGCGCCAUUGAUUACAUUAUGAAAGGCAGAGGAGCAAGGACGCGGGCCUCCAUUGCUGUGUCCCUCUUUGACCACGCCAACCCCUACAAGAGGUCACAAGCUGCUCUGCCCGCCGGCGGCCCAUCCUCCUGCUCGGUGCUCGCGCCUCUCAACCUGCACAUGUACCUGGAUCAAGCCCUGCUGCCAAGUGUGCUGGCCAAGAGCUGUCCCUUUGAUGCCGGGGCUUGCGUGGAGGAGGACGAGGUGGAGAAUGAGACCAGCAGCCAGCCUUCCUUGACAACUGAGAGCUCUGAGUCAUCGACCUCGCAGUGCUUAUCCGGAAGUGGCUCCACCGGCUCUGACAGUGGCUGUGUCUCCAGCAUUCCCCAGGAGAGCUUCUGUGACAAUCUAGGACCCCCCCUCUUCUCCUCAGCAGGCUCUUCCUUGGCCCCCCAGCCAGAGGAGAAGCCCUGUUUUCCCAAAAGCCAGUACGUUUCAGCGGUCUGAAUGCCGGUUCUCCUGUUUCUGAGCAGCCAGGAAGACGGCGCUAAUGUGUCCCACACACACACAGCAGUCGGGAUCGCACUGUGGUAGCUGGGGAGCUCUGUGCCUCUCCAGGUCUGUGACUAACUAGACAUGGCCACAGCACUGGACAAGAAAAUACCUCUUUUUUGGUAGUGUUACUGAAUUAGAGAGGGGGUCGCACCUACCCACCCCAGGGGCUCAGUUCCACAGAGGUAGCCAGUGUUUCCCUUGGAUACUGCGUCAGAAAAGCCACACAGUGGCUGGAAGCCCAGUGAGCAGCAGUGAAAGGGGCCUGAGCAAUUGAGCAGGGUGGGGAGACGAGAGACACAGGCUCAGUGGGCUGGUUGUGGCGAUUUGGUGGGCUGGGUAUGACACCCUGUAGAAGGACAGUUGUACACCUGCACAAAGAGCACAGAUUUAAGAGAUGUUUGAGGUCACUUGUUUCUUUACAAAUGACUGAUUUUGUUCCACAAGCUGCACAUUUUAAAAAAGGUUUUUGAAGCUCAGAACGAAACAAAUUAUUUAUUUUUAAAAAAUAGAAUAAUGUUCUCUUAAACCAUUUUUCCAGGCGGGUUCUCUUUGUUUAGUUUUGCCUGAUCUGGAGAUAAUUUAUUUCCUUGUUUUCACUCUUAAUUACUUCAUUAGCGGAUCCCACAUGGGUGCCCCUCUUGUGUAGCUGUCGCUAAAAGAGCCAUCUCAGAUUGGCAGAACAUGAAGAAGCUAAAUGAACCCUUUGGACAGACACUCUUUGUAGGGGAUAGGGGGAGAACAUCAAAAUUGGCUCAGUGUAGAAUGGCUUGAACAAUUACAGACAGCAGAUGUGGGAAGAAAUUGUAUUUUUAAUGCUCCUUUGCAUUAAAAAAAAAAACCUCCCUGAAAAUAGAAAACUAGCAUGGCAGGUAGCAGCGUGAUCGAUUACCUUCCUCCUUGGAGCGCUGGUUUUUAACUUUUAGGGAGUUUUACAUAGGGGAGCAUUCUGCCUCAUUUGUAUCCUGAAGUGUAGAGUCCAUUCUGUCACCUCGUUCUGUUCCGUGCAGCACUGGGCUCCGAGCUUUCACACCUCCACGCACAAAGCCAGAGGGGGGAGGGGGGCUUCCAGUGUCAAUGCAAGUUGGGCUAAUAGAGGCCACUCUGGCUCUUGGAUGUUUGUGCCAGUUCCUUGACAGGUACCAUUUGUGGCCUCUAGGCAGGGCAGGGCUUUGCCUUCUUGCACCCUCAGCGACGGUUCUCAGCUGUUGUGAUUCAGAUGUGCUUCUCUCGCCCCUUGCUUCUUAACUGUAUUCCCUUUUCAAUCUUAAAAUCCAGAUGCUGCAAAUAUGACCCUUUUUAAUGUAUCUUUAUUUAAGAUUCAGCCUUCACAUGCACACCCCGCACUUCAAGAAUGGAACACCAGAUCCCUGUGAUAACGUGUUGUAUGGAAACAGCUGAGUGGGAAUUCUGCUAGCACCCUCCAAGCGCCUAUUAAUAUUUUGGUUAAAUCUAAUAUUUCAGGAGAGGAGGGGUUUAUGAGGAACUGAAGGGAGCACGGAGCAAUUUUGCAUGAGCCAUUAUCUCACCAAUAUCUGGAAUUUCUCAAUUUAGGCAAUAUUUUUCAUGACUAGGAGGGGCAGGGAUCCUUGAUGUGUGCCUGGCACCGAUGUUAUUUUUUAGGUUUGACUAAAUUACUUAAUAAAACUUGUUACUUCCAAAAACAUUGUUGCUUGAUUCUGUGGUUACUUCUAAGAGAAAACCUGGUCUGUUUGUAAAAUACAGUACUCACAAGAGAUGCUGUCUAUUGCCGGAAGCAGAA